CUGACGAAGACAAACUUAAUGAGACUAACUAUUGGACCAAUAUCUGUUGACGAUUGCUAAAACUUCAUGAUAACUCACUCACCAAUACAAACUUGACUAAGUAAGACUAACUCACUUUUUCAAACAGGUCCUGGUAAUGACUGCGGUACUUACACGCCACCAGCUGGUACUACUGCGUUUUCUGUAGAUGACGUGGCUGUAAAAUAUUUGGUUUGCAACGACGGGAAGGCCUGGCUCUCGAACCUCCCUUUUCAAAUAGUUAUGUGCAUUAGUGGAAAUUGGACUCAAGUACUAGAUGUUUGCCAUGAUACUGGAGACUUUCCUCGGGACUGUUCAUUUUUGGCCGAGAAAGGAGUUACAAACGCCACGAGUUCCAAUAUCGCACCUUCUGGAAGCAUUUUGCAGGGGAAAAUCACGGCUACUUGUUCAUUGUCUCCACAAAUAGGCAAUAGUGGUUGGACGAUGGUCAUGAAUUAUGAGUUAGGAACUUUUACAGAGCAAGAAUUUUUAAGUGGUUCUGGAUUAUCAACAAAAUAUUUCUUAGGAGUAGAGACGCUGCAGGUACUUACCUCGUACCGUCCUUUUACCCUCAGGUUCAUUAUAGUUGCUGCCGGUAAUGUAUAUACCACGGUUUAUGGAAGUUUUGUUAUUGAAAAUGGAACUUAUUCUAUCAUACGGCUUGGUGGAAUCCAUGGUACAGCAGGUGACUCAUUCAGCCAGUAUUUACAACAGCCUCUUGAUUGUACUGCAAUGGUGUGCUGGUGGCAAUCAGCUUCCAUCAAUGCCAAUGUAAAGAUGGCCCAUGCUACUGGAAUUAAUUGGCCUGCCAUAGGUUCGGCAGGUAUGCCUCCAAGUAAAAUACUGAUUUUUGCACGUCCUGAACAAUUUGAUCUGGCAUACAACUGCCCACCAUUCCUGGUUACACCUUUAGGGGACACCCACACAACAGUAUUCACAACUACAAUAAGAACUGUUGGUGUUAAAGUUAACUUUACUUGCUCAGGAACUCUUUAUUAUGAAAUUCAAGAAAAUGGAGUGCUUUCAACAGCAGGAAGUUCAUCCUGUCAGUUGAUUGGAGGAGUUUUGAAUUGGACGAGAAGAUUUGUACUUCCAUGCAAAAUUCUGCCUGCUCCUGCCAACUUCGUCUUAUCAGAUCAGCAUGAUCGAUAUUACAAUUUCUCAGUGACGCCGGCAGCUUCAUUUUUUGAUGCAUCUGCAAGGUGCAAUGCAAUGGGUUCAUCACUUGCAACUAUAGAUUACAUUAGCAACAUGAAAAGGGCUUUACCUGGUGUCUUGUAUUAUACUGCACACAACAUGAGAGUCUCGGAGGUAAUAGACCCGCCCAUAACAGCUACUUCAUCAUGCUACAAGAAAAAUGCUUGCAGGCUAAAGGCGGACAACGAAUGCAUUGUGCUCAUUGACACAGGAGAACAUUAUGCAUUGAGUUGUUUUAAUGAAACAUUCCAUUACAUCUGCAUGCUUCCAGGGUAUUGCCCUGAUGGUUACACAGAAGUGAAGGGAAACUGUUACAAAGCCAUGAAUUAUUUUGGUUUCCCCCUAGGUUCUUACAGUUAUUGCAGUGGUUAUGAUUCUGGGCUAUUCCAUCCUUAUAGUGACACUGAUAUAUAUGAAUUACUGGAAAAAGGAGCCAUACGGCGUAAUGUGGUCUAUGUGACAGCCCUUCGUACUUGGUAUGUUGGAGGAUUGGAUACAGUGGAUCCAAACCUGGCGACCCAAUUGCCGUCAUCUCCCGAUGAUCAGUGGUUCCGCUUUAUCAUUUAUGAUAAUGAUACAAUAACUUACAUUGGUGACCUAGUAGAUGGAGGUGUUGCUGGUACUGCCAUUUGCCACUACCCAAGAUAUCAAACGGUUUGUAGAACUACCCCUAGACUUGCAUUGGGCAGCGUAUCAAGGAAAUUGACAAGUUAUGCAGUCGGAGCUGUAGCAGUUUAUAGUUGUUCUGAUGGCUGGUUUGUUGGUGGCAAUACAAAUGUAACAGUGCAGAAUAUAAGAUGCUUAGGGCAGCUAGGGGAAUGGUACCCAGAUGUUCAAGACUGUAUUCAUGUUCAGGUGUGCAAUGAAACGCUCUCUGCUCCUUCUAACCUCAUAACUAACAUCAGUGAAUCUGACAUGCGAUACUUAGGUGGCAACAUUGUGUUUUAUUGUCCAGAAAAUAUGAGUACUCCUUCAGAUCUUACACAGCAGAUACUUACCUGCAGCAACGUUUCAGACACAGAAUUUAGAUUUCUGCCCACUGUGAUUGAAGACUGCACUGUAUGCCUUGGAACACCAUUAGUUACCCAAGGGACCGUCAGCAUAGGACCAGGUCCAUAUACUGUGGGCACAAAAGUUCUUGCAACUUGUAAUGAAAAUUACUUCUUUGCUAUUAAUGUCACUCAGAAGGAUUUAGGAUGUACUCCCACAGGGUGGCAGAAUGCAUCAUGUUUUGCAGCUUGUACAGACCCACCGCCUUUACCUGGUGCUAAUAUGAUAAGUCAAGAGAAUACAAUAGCAACAGUAGGGUCUACUUUGUGGUACAAUUGUACUGUUGAUGGGUUAUACAUCCAGACACCAUUUGGUCCAGUUGUUAGUACGCAGAUUGUAUGUGGAACUGAUCAUUUAUGGGCACCAAAUGAUCUUGUCAUGGACUGUGUUGAAGUGUGCUUAGAUGAUCCUCCAAUUGUAGCACUUCCAGUCAUUUCUUCAUGGAAUAAUGUGACCAGAGCUGUUGGUACUCAGGUUAACUACACAUGCCCCACAGACUAUGUCUUUGCCAACAGAGAGCUAAAUGUAUCUGUAACAUGUGAAGCAGAUAAAGUUUGGACAGAUAUAACUAUUCUUCAGUGUUUGCAAGUUGUACCAGUUUCACCUCCUCUUCCUCCUGGCAAUUACUCAGUAGGUGAAAAUAUUGUUCCCUAUUUAGUAAACCAAACUAUAAAUUUUACGUGCCCAGCAGGUCAGUUUACAAAAACAGGCAUAAGUUCUACUUUCAUUACUGGUACUGCGACAGGUUGGACUACACUAGAUCCAGAUUUUAUCUGCAUGGAAGUAUGUAAAGAGGACCCCACCAUCCCUGACUUAGCUUCCAAUGUCUCAUCAUCAUGGGAUGGAGUGGACAAGACAGUUGGGGCAGUGGUGAACUACACUUGCCCCAAAAAUUACCUUUUCCUAACCAAAAAUGAAACAUUGACUACUACUUGUAUGGAGAAUUUUACAUGGACAAAUGCACAUGAAGAUAUCCUUAUUUGUGUGGAAGUUGUGGAAGAUGAGCCAGAUCCCGGACCGUUAGGUGAGAAUAUGACGGUAACAGGAACUGUAAAGCCUUACCUUGUUGGUCAAGUGGUGACAUUCCAUUGCCCGGAAGGCCAGUUUUCACUUGCAGGCACCAAUCAAACUGAAGUUAUUGCCACUUCUGGAGGCUGGAUACAGACUGACCCAGAUUUUAUUUGUUUGGAUGGAAUUGAGCCACCACCUCCUCCAGGCUAUAAUUUGAUUCUGGAGCCAAAUAGAACAGUUUAUGUAUCUGGAAAUCAGGUUAAUUACUCCUGCAUGGAAGGAUUUUCGUCAGUUAUCAAUAUUGAUUUUAUUACUUUGACUGCAGUGGUUGGUGGGUGGACACCAAAAUAUCCACCUUACACUUUCUUUUGCACAGGCAUAGUCUCUAAAGAUUAGUCUUACAGAUGUGGUUCAUGUAAAGUACAGGUCAUUACUAGAGCCUAUUAUUUGCCAACUCAAGGCACUAGACAUCUUAGUAUGCGCCCUUGGAUGACCCAGAAGAGGGGGGCCAUUGGCUUUGUACACCCUUGAAACUUAGGUUCGUAGUAGGUAUGGGAAAGUACUGUACCUUCACGAAACUUGAUCAUCUUUGUUUACUGAUGAAUAAUGCUUUUUGUCAACUGAUGAUGCAAGAAAACAGAUUUUCAUAAGUAUCAUUUCCAUAAACUAAAUAAAAGCAAAAUCUCAUUUCAAAAGCUAGAGCUAUAUGAAAUACACAAAAGGACAUGAAGCUAGAUACUCGCACAUCUUCCCAUAAACUGAAUAGAAAAUGUCAUAUCAAACACCAAAGCUAUGGGGGUACAAAAGACAAAGAAAAUUCAGACCUCAUCUGGAUUCACUUUGACUCUCUUUGGGAGACAUGACUGGUUAAGGAUUAGCUAUUGAAAACUGAUUCAUUGACAACAUCAGAAAGUAGAAAAGUACUCCUUAUCAGAUACCAUUUCAAGGAUGUCUCUCACAGAUAAAUGAGUCAAAUAAUGGGAUGGUGGAAACCAUCACAUAAAUUUACAUAGAGAACUGCCUGAGUUGCCAAAUUUAUACAGUAAAAACACUGUUAUGCAGAACACCAUGAAUGCUGUACAAAGAACAGUGGUACUACCAAAAGAUGACAUAUAAACUAACAAGAUGAUAAUACUGGGAUCUUCAAAUAAGAUAAAGGCUAAAAUGUCAUAAAAAACAGAUUCAUGGCUAACCAUAUAAGAAAAAUAGGACUUUCCUUCAAGUUGUCAAUAAUAAAAUUCAGUGAGCAAAACAGAGAUAAGAAAAAUAGUAACCUUCUUCAAGUUAUCAACAAUAAAAUUCAGUGAACAAAACCAAGACAAUAGAUUUUACCAUGAGUAUUUGUCUUUUUAUUUUGAUCCAUGUUAUAAAAGUAGAGAGCUUUACAUAAUGAAGGCCUGGUAUGUUAAUAGCUGUGAAAUACCAUUUCAGUUUAUGGUGCAACAUUAAUAGGCACUGAUUUUUUUAUACAGCAGUCAAUUCAAUAGUUGAUAUAUUUUAAUCUUGCUAUAAAUAUUAGUGAAAUAUGGAUCAUCAUAGGCCACCUCUAUGAGAGUAAAGUAUAUUUUAGAUUAAUGAUCUGAUUAAAGUACAAGAUCCCUAUUAACAUUCAUAUGUCAGGUUUUCCCCUUUCAGUAGUAGAUCUGAAUUCUCUUCACUCUAAUCUACCAAAUUUGGCAGGAGUCAUCAUCAGUGGCCCUUUCAGUUUCCAGGCCUUCCUACUAUUCUUCAUCCUAUCACUUCCUUUUAUACUACUUUUAGGAUUUCUUUUACUUAUUGUCUUUUCACGUCUUAAACUUUUUCAGUCCGUGAGAUCUGUCUGUCAUAAGUGUGACUGCUUCUUUUUACCUAUUCGUAAAAUUAUUUGUAUUUUCACAAAAAACAUUAAAAUGUUUUGCUAAAAUUUUUGUCAUCAUGAGGGUAAUGCAAAAUUUUUAAGGAUACAAUAGGCAGUCAUUACCUGCCUCGAAGCAGCCCACUAUUUUCAUGGAGAACAAAUAGUUUAACCUGUGAUGUACCAUACUGAUUGAAUUUUCAUUGAAGCAGUACCUCUAAAGCACGUCUUAUUUUUACCUGCUACUAAGAACAUUGCUUUGUUACUGGUUACUUGACUAAAUAUUGUUUUUUUACAGGCUGUGAUUCUUCAUAUUCUUAUUGAGACAAAACUUUAACAUGUUUAUUUGAAGAAUAGUAAUACAGGUACUAUCCGACUUACAACCUACUCGACAUACGACCACUCGUACUUACAACCUUACUUCAGACAGUUGACCAUUGAGUUACUUGGCACUGUGCCAUCUCAUGAGAACUCUCAUCACUCAGGCAUGAGAACUCUCAUCACUCAGGCAGCAUCAGUUUGAGUUACCCUGCCCUAUCUGCAGCAUCAUUUGGUAUUAACUGUACUGUAGACUGAAUUGCAAACCAAUUUAUGUAAGAAUCAACUUCUGACAUGCAUGAAAGAACCUAACCCCAUUGUAAC